UGUGUGUACUGUAUAUGUUUAUGUUCAAACGUAACCCCCUGUCUCAUUUUAAAUGCUUUCAAAGAAAUAUCGGGAGUUGACCAAAGCAUGUUUGAGAACUCGAGCGCAGGUGAGCAGCUGAAGCAGGGGACGAAGCUGAGCUCCACCUCCGGCCGACGUGACUUCUUGUCUCCGGGAGGCCAAAAAAGCAGCCCCUACUUGAAGAACCUGGGGAAAGCCAUGGGGGCUAAAGUCAAUGACCUGCUGCGCCGCAAGGAGCCCGGGAGUCUGGGGGACAUCGGAGUCACAGCGGUGAACAAGAAUGUGGGAGCGGUGUGGGCCAGCCAUAAAGUAACCGCUAACGGCCACGUUUCAUUGGACCCCUUCCCUCGCCUGGAUCCUCCACCUCCCACCAACAAAAAGCGUCACCCCCGUGCUUUGAAGACCACUCAGGAAAUGAUGAUCUCCUCUGACCCGGUGGUAGCCUCUCCAGAGCUCUCAGACUCCUCGUUCCUGUCCUCCCCCGAAAAGAGCCACCAAGUCAAAGUGCCCGAGCAACCCAAAAAGCCUGAAAAACCCUCAGGAACCAUUAAUGCUCUCGAGACCCAGAAUAACGUGGAGAUGAAAGGCCAGUGCGCUGACAUGGAUGGCGUCCAAACAGCAGGUGAACAGAAGGAACGUGUCGCCAUGGAAGAUGAUCAGUCACACGGGCUGCUCUCUGUUCCCGACCUAAUCCACAAGGACGGCCUCGAGCUCAAGCAGAAACUGAGCAGCACUGAGGCUAGGAUGGCGUCCACACCACGUCCAGGGAAAGGAGACUGCCGCAUCAACGUGAGCGAAGAAGAACUUCUUCAGAACGGCUCAGUGGAACAUAUGAGAAGCUCCAACGGGGAGAACGAGGAACCACACCCAGACCUGCUGUCAUUUGAGUAGAAAUAUGCUCGAGAACUUUGUCAUGAUCAAGCCACUGAUCAAGCCAGUCUUCAUCAGCCUUCUUGAGAGAACUUUUCUCUGUGAAGAAAGCAGCCAUCGAUGACCACAAGCCUUAAGGGAAAGACGCAAAGUGUGUUUAUCAUCAUGACGUUUCUGAGAACCACUGUAUUUUUCUGUGUAUGCACUAUAAUGUGUUUAUUAUUAUCACUUUAUUACGUAUCACCACAGGCAUAUUUAGAAUAUAUAAGACUUAUUAUUUUAAUAACUCAAAUCACUAUAUUAGAUUAUUUUUUUCUGCACCUGUCAGUACUUUUUCAGAGAUUAUUAUUCCUGUAGAUGUUAUACUGAAGGAUUGAAAGAGCUCACCAGUAGAAGAAUGCAAGCUAUGUUUAUUACCACGUUUAAUGCUCGACUUUAGCUCCAGUUUUCAAUCCAAGUGAUCACCAAAACAUUAUUCUCUUUAACUUUAGCUGGCCGAUUGUUAGUUGAUGCAUUUGCAAACGUUUCUUAAUGCAUUUUAAAUUUUUUUUUUUUUUCGCUUUUGUGCUUGACAGACAUAUGAAAUGAUAUAAAGAAUGAUCUUUUUCCUCCCAAAGCUAUUCAGGAGACAUAAGCUGAGAUUUCUAAAGUUUUAAUGUUUUUUUAUUUUUUUAAGAUCAUAAGUGUAAUAUCACCAAUGGGGCUAUGUACUACUCCAAGGCAGAAUUCUGGAGUGAUUGUGAGAUUGCUCACCUUUUUCAUUUUCCUUUUUUAAUUUUUUUAUUUUAUGAAAUUUUCCCCCCGACCAUGACGCAAAUCCUUAGUGGCCAAUUUUACAGCAUGUCUGACUUCAGGGCACUUUAAACCGCAUCACAUCUUACCCCUGUAACACUGAGCCAUGUUCCCUCUACAUCUGUUAAAAAAAAAAAGUGCAGAACUUGUGCAAUUUUGCAUUAGGAACCAGUAACCAUGUAGUUUUGUCUCCCUAGACUUUUUUGGGUUUUUUUUGGACAAGCCUGGUUAGGGUGUGGUUGAAGCAAGACGCAGAAAAAACUUCAUAAGGACGUAGUAACGAUGCCAUUGACCAGUUACCGGCAUAACUAACACCUCCUAGAGACUCCAUUGAUAUGCAAGAAAUAUGGAAAAGGUUGGAUGGCCUUCUGACUGAGUUGGGUCAUUGGGAUGUCACUUGUUGUUGCUACGUCAGUGGAGUUCUCGCAAGGCUUGUGUUUUGCCCAUGGUAGGUCCAUGCCACCUUGUAGAAGACCGCAUUAAGCACAUUUUCUAUUGCUUACCAUGUUAAUAUAAACACUGGAUACAAUUUCUCUCACCAUUACUUUAUAAUAAAAAAGAACCGUGGUAUUUAUUUCAACCCUCUGGUGCAAUGACAUCGUACAAUACUAUGCGUGUGAUGAGCUUCCUGUAAGAGCGUGGUGCGAUGUGAUGGGACUUUGGUUCGUUCGUUUUUGGGACGCUGUUGGAUUUCGUCGACGUGUGACGUGGCCCUUAGGCAUUAUUGCAUAAUUGAAUAUUGAGCUUCAUAGUACACAUAUUAGUUUUACUGGGUACGCAUGGACUUUAUUGGACUCGGCCUCGCUUAUCAAUCUCAAAUUACCGCUAAUAUAAGGAAUAAGAAACCAGAGACAUGUUUUUCGUAGAGAUCCGUGUCUCACAGAAGGUGCUGGAAUGGUCAGAUGGAUGCAUGAGUAAUGUAGGGGCUGAGUUACUGGCAAAAUAGAAUAAAUGAUUAGCCUGCUGAUGAUUGUGAUAGACAGUAGAUAUUAGGUUUAACUACAGCUACAGUAUGUGUAAAGGUUGAAGGAGUUAGAAAGUAAGACACGGGUGCAUAUAGAACCAAAGCAAGGUCCAGGGAGCAAGUCAUUCCGGGGAGAGGAGAUAGAGCAGGACAGAAUGAGGCCCAUGAGGCUGAGUGCAGGAUUCAGAGAAAGAGAGAGGGAGAGAAUACGGAGUGCUGCUGAUGGUCUGAGUGAUGGCCAGCUCAGGGAAUGGCACUAAUGAGGAUCAGUCUGUGCGGAAAGCCAUGAGGACGGGCUUGGAGAUAAUAAUACAUGUCAUAACUCGACGUACGCUCCAGCCCUGUCGAAUUCUUAUUUCUGAUUUAAAUAACAGCAGCAGUAAUAACAGGUAAUUGUGUUAUAGAAAUGCACAAGUUCUAAUACGUUAUUAUUUCCACAGCAACAACGUGUACAAAGAUCUGUAUGGCAAACACUACAAUUUUAGGGUAAAAUUUAUUUUUCUUUUUUCUUUUUUUUGGUUGGUUGUUUUUUUUAAGUGUCCCCAGUGUCAGUGCUUUGUAAGAGUCAGAGGUACAGCUGUGGCCUGAAGUGUUCUGACACAGGAACGUUUUCAGGAUUUCUUAGAAACAAAUACAGUUGAGGCUGUUUUUAUUAAUUUUAAGAUAGAAAUGAAGAAGUAGCUGCUAUAAGAUACAAAAAACAUAUUUUGCAAAUGUUCUAAAACAUUAUACAGUAUGCAUAAUCAGAGAAAAUGUACAUCUUGUUCUUUAAUAUAUACUGAUCAGCCAUAAUACUGUACCACUGCAAGUUGACUUGAAUAACAUUUAUAUACCAGUAAACUGGUGACAGGUUCAUGGGCGCCUAAGGCUCUUCUGUGCCUGUGAGUAGCUUGGAAAAAAAGUUAAUGCUGGCUGAGAUGGAAAGGUACACUAUAUGGACAAAAGUAUUUGGCCAAAUCUGCAAAGGCAUUGUAUCCAAAUACAUACCACUCAAUAUGGAGUUGGUCUCCCCCCCACUCUCCUUGGAAGGCUGUCCACAAGAUUUUGGAUUGUUUCUGUGAGAAUUCCUGCUCGUUUAUUGUGUAGAGCAUUUAUGGGGUCUGGCUCACAAUCUCCAUUCCAGUUUAUCCCAAAGGUGCUCGAUGGGGUUGAGGUCAGGCCCAGUCAAGUUCUUGCUUUGUGCACUGGGGCACAGUCAUGUUGGAAUAGAAAGUCUUCGCCAAAACUGUUGCCACAAAGUUGGAACUGUAGCAUUGUACAAGAUGUCUUGGUGUACUGAAGAAUUAGGAUUGUCCUUCACUGGGGAUAAGGAUGGGGCUUAGCAGGGAAAAAGUUCAAGGUUGUUGAUCCGGCCUCCCAAUUCCUGAGAUUGCAAUCCAAUCAUUGGAUGCGCAAACCAAACAAGUCCAACCCAUUAAGACUCUACCUUGAAACCCAGAGCACCCAUUGGAUUUGAUGGUCCAAGACCCCACAGCACUCCCCCAGGGGUCUUACAAAGUCACACCUUGAGGGGCAGGAGCUGCUCGAGCUACACAAUAGGAACCUACAAAGUUACUGGGCUUAAUGUUUUGUGUUUUAUUAUUGUGGCUGAUGGUGUAUAUUUUAAAAUGCUCUGGUGAUGCUGUUAUUGGAAAUGAAUCAGCUGUUUCUCAAGCUUUCACUGAUUGUGUUCCUAUAACAGCACACAUUCAACAUAAAUCCGGGUCUGAUGCUUAUGAUCCUCUAGAAGGACAGUCUUUCAUGUGAGAAAAAUCCUCCUCUUUCCCCCACAGAUUCCAAACACACUCGACCUUCUUCCCGUCUCACUGCCAGAAUAGUUUUUAUCCAGUUUCAUGUAGGACGUCAUGCAGUGUUCAGUCGUUUCAGUACGGUUAGAACGAAUAAAGAAGUAUAUUUUCAUAUGAUAAGGAGAUAAGCAGGUGCAGAAAGAAAGACAAACUGUCCUUCUCAAGAAUGGAAGACUUUUCUAAGUGGAACCUCAAUACACGAGAUCGGACAUGUCCUUUCAGCCUUUAGCUGUACGUAUGCUGUUGUGCCACUGGGCCAUAAAAUGUAAAGUAACAUUAUUAUAUGGGUAUGGAUUUUUUUUUUUUUUGAUUUUUAGAAAUAAAUGUAUAUUUGAGGUGGAAAAAAUCAACUAAAACUAAAAUAAUAUUUCUAUUUUAGACAGAUGAUGAUAGAAGAUGAUUUUUAUUGUUAUGGGAAUGUAUUAAAAAGAAAAGAAUAAUUAUUGUAGUAAUUGUAGGAUCCUUGUCUCUGUGGCUUGUAACCUGUCGCAUAUCUCACUUUAUAACGCUCACUUUAUACAUGAAGGAAGGAAAGUGUUGAAGGAACGCUGUGUCUAUGAAGGUUUUAUGAGCACACUAAAAAGACCUCAAAUAUUACAGAUUUUGUAUUAAAGACAUUUU